CUCCAAACUAUUUUUCUCUUCCUAAUUCCACCUGCAACGUUAAUUCUCCUAAGUUGCGAUCAAUUUAACAAAACCGCGUUUAUAAAUUGUGAUUGUCUAUAAACAGAACCCAGAUAAAACCCGACUCAAUCUAUAGAUUGACACGACCCAAUCAAACCCAAACCUGACCCGACCUGAUCCAGAAGCCAAGCUGUUAUACGUUUCAUUUGUAAUCUCAUGACGACAGGUCUCUCUCUCUCUAAACUCAAACAUAAUUUUUUUCUCACCACAAGUCAAUGGAGACGACGACUCCAUCUUCUUCCUCUUUUAAGUUUACUCUCCAUGCUUGAGUCAAACCUCGUAACCAAAAAAAUCGUCUUCCUCUCUAAUGAAUUGGUUAAGGUUUUGUUAUCUCUCAAGGUGUUGGAGAGAGACAGCUCUAUUAGAACAAGCAUUGAGAUUUCUUAUGGAAAUCUUGAAAUCUCAGAUGAACUUAAAGAAUAUACAUAUGACCGUGACUGCAAAUGGCUUGAAGGAGGAAACUCGACAUGUCCAAAGAAGCAAGAAAUGCUUACAAGCGAUAACGUCACACCGAAAUACGCUCUUAAGAAAUCUUAUAGAUCGAUGAUGUGAAUCACACAGAACCUCCGAAACGUCUCAACAACUCUCAACCGAGUAGUAAUGCCUUAUCAUCAUCAUCUUCCUCGCCUCCUUCUGAAGAACAGAACAUGAUCUAAGAACUCCUACAGAAGCUCACUUCUCGAAUCUCCGAAGAGCAAAGAUCAGCCGCAGGAGAAAUUCGCCUUCUAGCGAAACAGAACAACCAAAACAGAGUAGCCGUCACAGACUCAAGGACACGCCGUGACAUCGAUUCUUAACCUCUCGAUUUCCCAAGAGAACAAAGAGAUUAUGGCCUCCACGUUUAGAGCGGUUCAUUGUAUCGUUCAUGUGCUUAAGAAAGGUGGUAUGGACGCUAAAGAAAAUGCGGCUGCGGCGCUUUUCAGCCUUUCAAUUAUACAUGAGAUGAAGCAGAAAAAGGUGAAGAGAUGAAGCAGAAAAAGGUGAAGUAGAAGAAGAACUGCUCAUGAUUCUGAUUUCUUUAUGCUCUGUUGCGAUUUCUUUCUCUCUGAUUUCUGUUCUUUGUCGCUAAGAAUCCUAAUUCCUCUUUCAAUUUCGAUUUUGACUUUGACAUGUAAGCUGGGGUCGGGUUUCGUUUAUUUGGGUUCGGUACUUCGGUUUAUAGACAAUCACAAUUUAUAAACGCGGUUUUGUUAAAUUGAUCGCAACUUAGGAGAAUUAACGUUGCAGGUGGAAUUAGGAAGAGAAAAAUAGUUUGGAGGGGAAUAUGAUUAAAUGUAUGAAUU